AUGGAUUCCAAUCAGUCCCACCCCGUUCGGCCACGGACUAUGUGGCUGGGUCCAAAGCGAAAGCGCGAUUUAGAUUUGGAAAUCGAGCAGGCCUCUCGUUCACGGCUAUGCCCGUCCGAACCCCAGCCCCAAACAUCCACCACAGCAUCCCCCUUGGCUCGUCCCGCUCCCGCUCAGCACAGGAAUCAACCAAAGAUCCGACAGAUCGACGAAGAUCCGUGGCUGACCUACGAGCCGAUCGUCCGAAUUUUCGGGCGGCCGGUCUUCCUCGCCCGUCUCCGAAGCAACAAGGCCGAGUUGGUCAAUAUUCAACGGCUUGAAAAGCAACCCUCUUCAGCCCAGUCCUUGGUGGAGACGAUGCACCAAGUCGCACACCGAAGCUUUCCGGACCUACUCGAGCAUUAUCGUCAUGAGGGUCAGGAUUUCUUGGUGUGGGAGGCGCUAGAGUUAUCCGUGGGCCAGGUAUUAGGGUCGCGAUGCUCGAUCGAUGAAGGAGCCCUCGCCGCGAUUGUUUGGCCGGUCCUGAAAGGAAUAAAGCAUCUCCGUGGGCAAGGCAGAGUACUGGCUACCUUGAGCCCCGACACGAUCUUUCUGACGGAGUCCGGUGUUGUCAAAAUUGCGGGGGCGGAGCACAGUUGCCAAAUCGACGCGACCGAAAUGGAUGCCGCAACUCUGAAGCUGAUGGCUCUGGCUGAUGUGGUCCAAAACCUAAUGACAAGAAGCUCUUCGGGAACAGAAUGGAGUCCCGAGGCCCAGAGUCUGCCCGAGGAUCUGAACCGCCUGUCGGUUGAUGACUUGUUGCGAAGCAAAUUCUUCGAGCAAUUGGGGUCUGGGGGGGAACUGAAAAUGCUAGUGAACGUGGUAAAUAAGGACGCGUGCCACAAAAUUGAUUUUCUCAGCUGCGCAUGA